GCAGAUAAAACCACUGCUAUAAAUGUAGCUGAUCUAAGGCACUGCAUCCACUCAGGCGAACAGAAGGCAACAUGAAGAUUUUAUUGUUAGCUCUUCUGGGUGCUGCAGCUGCAGCCCCUCUGGAUGAUAAGAUAGUGGGUGGGUAUGAGUGUAAGGCUCACUCUCAGCCCUGGCAGGCCUCUUUGAAUGUUGGAUAUCAUUUCUGUGGUGGCUCUCUCAUCAAUGACCAGUGGGUCGUCUCUGCUGCCCACUGCUGGGUGAAUCCAUAUUACCAGAUAGUUAUCCUGGGCGAACACCAUAUCUGGCAGUAUGAGGGAACAGAGCAGUACAUGGCUGUGGACAGCAUCUACUGGCACCAAAGCUAUAACUACCAGACACUCGACCAUGACAUCAUGCUGAUGAAGCUGGCUCACCCUGUCACUGUAAAUGAGUUUGUGAAACCCGUUGAUCUGCCCAAAACCUGCCCAACUCCUGGAAGCAUGUGUGUGGUGUCUGGCUGGGGCAAUAUCUACUCAGACUCAGUGUUCAACCCAUUCAACCUCCAGUGUGUAGAUGUGCCCAUCCUCUCUCAGGAGGUGUGUGAGAAAUCCUACCCUGGAAUGAUCACAAAUACCAUGCUGUGUGCUGGGUAUCUGGAGGGAGGCAAAGAUGCCUGUCAGGGUGACUCUGGAGGUCCUUUGGUGUGUAAUGGUGUGCUGCAGGGUAUUGUGUCAUGGGGUUAUGGCUGUGCUCAGCCUGAUUACCCUGGCGUCUACACUAAAGUCUGCGCUCUGAUGCCUUGGAUCCAUGAAAUUAUUAACAGUUAUUAGAACUUUGGACAACCAAAGAGGUCCCCAUAAGAUGCCUUUGUACAAAUAGCACUUAUCUGGUCUUACACAAUCAUUUCUGGACUUUUUUGGAACAAUAAACAAUGAAUGAAAAAUAUGUUUAGAGCUUAAA